UACUUCCUACACGGCGUCAUAGUGCUCCCUCUCUCGUCACUCUCCACCUCGUCCCCACCUCUCUCUCUCUCAUCACUAUAUUGAUUGCUCUCUCUCUCUCUCUCUCUCUCUCUCUCUGGAUCUGAAAUCUGCAUCUCCCGAUCUGAUCCUCCUCAGAUUUAGUUUCCGGGUUUCUUCUGCUGGUAAUUUCAGCUAUGGAUUUCAUGAAAGUCGUUGAUCAAGCGGUCCGAGAAAUAAAGAGGGAGGUAAACAUGAAAGUCCUCAAGGUUCCCGAGAUCGAGCAGAAGGUUCUUGAUGCAACCAGUAAUGAACCCUGGGGUCCUCAUGGGUCUGCCUUAGCAGAAAUUGCACAGGCCACCAAAAAAUUCACUGAAUGCCAGAUGGUUAUGAAUGUACUCUGGACAAGAUUGACUGAUACUGGCCGAAACUGGCGCCAUGUUUAUAAGGCAUUGGCUGUAAUAGAGUAUUUAGUGGCAAAUGGAUCUGAACGUGCAGUUGAUGACAUCCUAGAGCACACUUUCCAAAUCUCAUCAAUCUCAGGUUUUGAAUAUGUUGAGCCUAAUGGAAAGGAUAUGGGAAUCAAUGUGCGAAAGAAGGUUGAAACCAUUUUGGCCCUUUUGAAUAGCAAGGAUAAAAUACAAGAAGUCAGAAACAAAGCUGCUGCAAACCGUGAUAAGUAUUUUGGACUGUCCUCAAAUGGAAUAACUAAUAAGUCAAGUUCAGCCUCACAUGGUAGUAGCAGUUUCUACCGGGAUGACAAUUAUGGAGGCCUAAGUGGUGCAAGAGAGGGUGAAACAUUCAAGGAUGGAUACAAAUCGAGAGACCGAUAUGGUGAUGAAACCGACUGGAAUCAUGGCGACAGAGAUGGCUUCAACAAAGAUGGUCAUGAUAAGUCUCGACCACGAAGCAACCUUAGCAAUGAAAGUGAAGGGAGCAACUUGAAGAAGGGAUCAACAGGCCACAACAGGGGUCAAGAUGAUAACUUUGGUCCUAUCCCUUCUUCUCAAACCUCAAGUGCACCCCCAAAUGAUACUGAGGAUGACUUUGAUGACUUCGACCCACGGGCAUCGUCCACUGCUGGAUCAACUGCUGGAAGAUCUAACCAAGUCAAUCUAUUUGGUGAAAGUUUGAUUGGUGACCUCAUGGAUGCUCCUGUUCCAACCAAAAAUACUACCACAAACAGCAAUGCCUCGACCGAUGUCGAUCUGUUUGCAGAUGCAACUUUUGUGUCGGCCUCACCUAAUGUAGAAGCACACUCUGGUUCUCAUACUCAGGCUAAUGUUGAUCUCUUUGCUCAGUCUGCCUUUCCUGCUGCAUCGUCUUCAACAAUGGACUUUUUUGCUGCACCAGAUUCUACCUUGCCAACUGAAACUAAGCCACCUAAGCCUGAGCCCACAAACCCCAACAACAUUGAUCCAUUUGCUGCAAUGCCUCUCAACAAUUUUGAAGGAUCCGACCUCUUUGGUGACUUCACUUCUCAUACCGGCCCAGUGUCCACAGAACCACCACAAAAUUCUGCCAAUGAAGGCCUCAGCAUCUCAAAUCAGAACAUCUCAACACAGUCUAAGACCCCAGCCAAGAAGGAUACUUUCCAGGUCAAGUCUGGGAUAUGGGCAGAUUCGCUGAGUCGUGGAUUGAUCGAUCUAAAUAUAACUGCUCCCAAGAAGACAUCUCUAGCAGAAAUUGGUAUCGUCGGCGGGCUGAGUGAUGGGACAGAUGAGAAGGAAAAGGGCCCAUCAACUUCGAUAUACAGGGGGAGAGCCAUGGGCGUUGGAUCAGGUAUUGGUAGAUCAGGGUUUACACCGCCACCAGCAGGAGGAAUGGGAAUGGGAGGAGAUGUGAGCUUCUCAAAACUAGGCCAAUAUCAGUUUGGAAGCUUCAAAUGAUUUCUUUUAUAUAUAUUUUUUCACAGUCAAUUGAUUCGGGGUUGUUAAAAUCCCUCGAGUGUUUGGUGAGUUCCAUGUUAUUGUUCUAAUAUACAUUAUGCUGGGUUUUGAUUACUGUCAAAGGAAGUGCUCGUCUCAUCGUCAAAUUUUCAAUAAAGAUGGAAAUACUCCUGUGAAGUCUAUGAGAAACAUACCCUAUAUAUUUUUCUAUUUUUAGUAAAUCCCAGUUGGUUUC